UUGGAGAUACAGAGGUCUGCCAAAAGCGAAGUCGGAAAACGGGAUUCACUGCUGUGUAUGAGUUUUUACUCGCGAGGUGAUAAAAAACCGUAUAGGGCCGGUUUAUAAAGUGGCAGCGGUUGGUUCGCUCCGAUGUCCGCACCAGAAAUGAUGAACAGAAAGCUGGGCUCAGGAUCAGGAUUUGUAAACGCGACCGUGGGCAUUGAUCGCGGCCGGGUCGGGGAGAGGUUACAGGCUGCUCUGGCUGGAGUGCAGGAGCUGCACCUCCUGAAGGAGAGGCAGAGCGGGAUGGUUCAAUGGGCUCUCCAGAUGGCCCGGGAGAAGCCUGCACUAGUGCCCCAUCCAGACGCAGGGGAUCCAGGUGGCAGUACGGAUGAGCAGCGGCUGGAAGCUACCUUAGCAGCUCUGAAGGAACAGCUGUCGCGUCUGCGAAGACAGGACGUGGGGCUGAAGAGCCACCUGCAGCAGCUGGACCAGCAGAUCAGCGAGCUGAAACUGGACAUGUCCAAGGCCUCAAGCGAGCACCUGGAGAGCGACAGCCGGCCUAGCUCAGGCUUCUAUGAUUUGAGCGAUGGUGGCUCUGUGUCCCUCUCCAACUCCUGCACCUCGGUGUACAGCGAGUGCCUGUCCUCAUCCCAGAGCAGCCUGCUCCCUUCCUGCCAGCACAGCCCCCCAGGCACGAGGCCCCAGUCCGCCGACGAGAUCACCGUGCAGGGCAGCGCAUCUCAACGGGGGGGGGUGCGCAUGGGGAGCAGGAUCCGUACCAGCACGGACCCGCCUGCCAGCAGCACCAGGGCCAGACCGAGGCCUGUCUCCACAGGUGACUUGGACAGAAUGGUGUUACCAGGACUGGGAUUCUAUAAAGCCCCAGAUACGAAGGCUGUACCGUCUUUAUCUCAUGGCAUCAACAUUAAGCAAACUGCAAUUGACCCCAGGUACCAGAGCAACCUAGUGUCUAGGAAUGGCUCCGAUGUGUACCAGUAUCCCAGCCCGCUCCAUGCAGUAGCCCUACAGAGCCCUAUCUUCUCCCUCAGUGGGGAGACUGCCACAGCACAAGGCAGUCAAACAGACACAGUAGCUGGCGCCACUGUCAGCAGCUGCGUGUCUUCAAAAACUUCCUUUGAAAGCAGGCCUGAUGGUUACAUCUACAAACUUCUCCAGCACAAAAAAAACAGGGAAACUCUUCAGCCUGAGGGCUGUUGCCAGGUAGACAGAGCUCAGCCUCUUUUGUCAUGUCAUAAUGGGGUAUUCUCUCUUAGUACGGCAGUGACUAAGGUUAACUGCAGAGCAAUGCUCAAAUCUCAGGGAGAUCAGAGUCUCUCCCAAGGACAGCCCAACAUAAAACAGCAGGAGGUCAAGACUGUUUCUGAAGAGAAAGUGGCAAUUGUGAACUACAGACAAGAGACAGUAAAUUGUGCCCAAACUGCUAAGGUGUUCCACCACAGAGAGGAUCUUAAAGCCUGCCAUUCCCCCCUUGAUGCAGACCAAAGGGUCUCAGUGCUUGUGGAAGCUAAUAAAUGUCCGGAGAGAGUUCAGAAGGGUGAGGGGAAUUCCUGUCCUGACCAUAGCUGUGUGGACACACUUUGUGAGGCAGCAUUAUCAAGGAAGGCACUAAACAGAAAGCACAGCAGCACCUCUAGCCUGGAGAAGAAAAGCCAUGAGGCACUUCCCCAGUCAGAAUUUGUUCACGCCAAAUUUGUCCCUGCCGGGUCACUGCAAGUGAAGGUCAGACAGGCCGGCAAGAAGACAAAGGCAGUAAAACUCAAGAGGCGAAGCAGUGAGAAACUGAGAACUGUUAAACAGCUUCCUUGUGAAAAUCUGAAGAUACCUUUGGUCAGUGGGGGCCUUUCUGCUGAGACAGCUCCUUUUAAUAAACAUUCUGGGGGUAGGGCAGUUUACAAAGAGCACAACUGUGUUGGGGAAGUAGCUGGCAGGUCAUGUUCACAGUCUAGCUUAUAUCCCGCUCAUCUGAGGCAGACGCAACAAGUUCCCAAGUUCGGGCCUAGCACAACCCACAGAUUGCUCCUGCCAGAACCAAGAGUUUCCGUGGAUACGAGCAAGAAAAGACAGACACGCAAGUGGCAGUCUGUAGUGGAGAUCUCCACUAAACCCUCCCUGGCUCCCUUUCCUAACAGCCGCCCCACUGGGCAUCUGCAGGUUCUGCGUAAGGCUGGCAUGAUGCGGAGCACCAGCCUGAGACACCGGCCAAGUCAGUAUGGUGUCCCACGCCACCCCCACCCCAACUCCUACUCCUGCUUGCUCAGCGAGUCGGAGGUGUCUGAGUACUCAGCCGAGUGCGCCUCCUUGUUCCACUCCACCAUUGCAGAGAGCAGUGAAGGAGAGCUGAGCGACUUCACAGCAAACCGCUUUGGGGACAGCGAGUCCAGCGAGAGCAGUUCCGAUGGCUCUUCUGACAGCAGUCUCUCCCUGAACUCUGAGGACAUGGAGGACGGCGAGCUGGUCUGGGCACAAUCCACUGUGGGCCCAACAGCUGCAGGACUACCCCUGUCCAGUAGGCCAGAGCCCCCUGCCUGCCGCAUCAAAGCCUCCAAGGCCUUGAAGAAGAAGAUCCGCAGGUUCCAGCCAGCCGCUCUGAAGGUGAUGACUAUGGUGUAGAUCACCUGCGUAGCUUCCUGCAUUUCUGCUAUGCUUCCUCCUGAGGAAUGAGGGCUUUCAUUUCUGGACUGGAGUUCAACCUAUGUAUCCCAAGUGUAUUUUUGUGGAAUAAUUUAACUUUCUGUAUUAUAUUUUUCCCUUUUUCUUACAAAUUGUUCACCAUACCUUGUAACCAUUUCUUAAUAGAGCAAUGCUUUGCUUUACAGCAGAUUUGAUUUGUUAUGUGUUAAUAAAAUGUUAUUUAAU